GAGCCGGCAGCUCGCAACGUGAACUGCUGCCGAGGUUUCUGCAGCUUCGAAAGCUGUCUCACACUGUAUUCGAACGUACGCGAAAUACACAUUGCCUCACGGUCAUAAAGCUCAUUUGGGUCGUCAGUCGUUCGUAACCGUUCCUUCAUCGUUCAUUUUGCCGAGCUCGAGUUUUUUGCCGGGGUAUAGAAAAAAGCGAAGAAAUUGAGAGAACUGUCGGUGGGAAGAGUAGAAUCGACUGAGUGGGUGGGCGAACUUUGCCUGACUGUUUAGUUUUUUGUUUCUCUUAUUCACCGAACGCACGUAAGAUUGAUCUCGUUGAUAUAAUAACAUCGCGACUGAACGACCGGAGGAGAGCAAAGCAUCGGCCAACUCUGGAUACCCUGGGAUAAGAAAAAAACAAUAUGAGUACUACGGAUCCGACCGGCGAUCGAGGAGGAGGAGGAGGGGGCGGGGGCUUAGCAUCAAUAACACCAACUGAUGAUAACGUAACUCCAGUUACAUCAUCAACAGGCGUCGCAGUUUCACCGGCAUCUCAUCAUCAGCAGCAUCCACCACCUUCGCCCCUUAGCGGAUGUUACCUUCUCGUCGUGCUUCCUGAACCUCAUACCGCACAACACAAAGACCUUAUUCUUAAUCGUCUUGCCAAAGGAUUUCUCUCGUGGGACAAGGACAGUUGUCACGUUGAUUUAGAAAAGGAAUUGCAGGCUCUCGUAGCACAAGCACCCGAAGGCGAAGAGGCCAGAAACGGUGAACGUCUUAUACAGUACGCGACCGAGAAUCUCGUUACGGAAGUUCUGAUACACCCUCAAACAAAUACCUUAUUGCAAUGUAUGCGAAAUCUUCUCGCAAGUUUUACGAAGCAUCGGCACAUCAUUCACGCUGGAUAUACAUUCAGUGGAAAUGGUUCCUGGAUACUGCAGGAUGGAACCUUCAGUCUAGCAGACUUUCUGGAUGCGUUCAGCGAACAUGAAGUACAAAGGGUUCUUCGAGCUUACGAAAACAGUGUUACAGUAGACAUUAAUUGUGCGGGUGUCGGCGAGUGGUCGACUUCGCGACUUUCCAAGGAAGCUUGCACUCGCUCAUGCCGUGUAAGAUUAAAUCCGGACGAUGUGCUCACCGCUGGAGUUCCAGCAAUAACAAGUUUCACCAGCUACGUCGGUCAAUAUCUCGUGUCCCAAACGUUGGAUCAACUGAUGGAGCCAUCGGACGUAGUUGGCAAUAUUAGGUUCAGUCAUCCGACUCUUUACGUCUUCCCCGGUGGUCAGGGCGAUGCCGCUCUUUUCGGUAUAAACGGCUUCAACAUGCUGGUCGAUGGAGGCUUCGCGAGAAAAGCCUGUUUUUGGGAUUUCGCAAGGCACCUUGAUCGCCUCGACGCUGUUUUAAUGACGAGGAUUAAUAACAGCAACGUUGGCGGUAUGUCGAGUGUUCUACGUAAAAAGAGGGAGAUGCACGUGUAUCCACAAAUCGGACAUUUCUUUUGCAAUUUGAUUGAAAGAAAAAGCUUGAAUUCGCCAGACGGUGACAAAGAUCUGGACCCACUGAUCUUGAACCUCACUGACAUCGGUCACGAGAUGAUGGUCGAUCUGAGGCACAUCAACCUCCGAGCUCACCCAUGCUACAGAGAUCCGAACCCAAUAAAUCUCUACCAUAAAGUUGGCCACGGGACUUUGGACAUGUACGUUUUGAGCCCCAGUAAAGACAGCCGCGAGGUGAGGGAAUUCCUCAGCAAAUGGCACGCUUCCGAUUCGAAACUGUUCAGCGGUUCAUACCGAAAGGACUCGAACAACUUGACUUUUCCCAUUCAAAAUCUCGCAUCGAUUUGUGCCCUACUUGUGUGGCAACCUGCGAAUCCCGAAGACACCAUUACGAGAAUUUUAUUCCCUGGCAGUACGCCGCAGCACAAAAUCUUCGAGGGUAUCGAACGCCUCAAACACCUCGAGUUCCUAAAACAUCCGGUUUGCACCGCCAAGAGUAUUUCUCCAUCGACUUCUCUCUUGACGCUCAAGGAUAAACCAACGACGAAACAAAAAUUAGGCCUCAUCGAAGAGUCGAGAAAGGCUUCUGAUGCGAAAAAAGAAAGGAGAGAAUUGCUCGAUUCGAAAUUGUCGAAAGCCAGCGACGAUUCCGUGGGCAAAGCGACGCCUCAGGGAACGCCCGUUAAUCAGCCACCGAAAGUUCAACCACCCAAAAUCGAUGUCAAGACGAAGAAGGUCAUAGAGAACAAAAAAAUUGAAACUGAGAGCAAGAAGAUUGAGAAGGAUUUGAAAGAACACAAAAAAGAGCCCGUCAAAAAGCCCGACGCUGCAAAGACAGAGAAGGAUUCGGAGGUUAAAAAAGUCGAAGGAUACAAGAUAAAGGUCGACAACGAGCGGGCGGCUCUUAGCAAAGAGCCCAAGGCCAAGCCCGAGCCGAAAAAGAAAGAAACGAAGGAAUCGAAACCCGCCAAGACCAGCAGGGCCGAGCCUGUGACCAAGGCAGCAAUGAGAAUAGGAGACAAAAAACAGAAAUCUCCGGCAGAUAAGAGAGACUCGAUGAAGGCGUCACCGACGACUCCCAAGAAGAGCAUGAACGGGGCGGCAACAAAGGUCGAACUCUCGAGAGCGACGUCACGGCCUAUAACAAAACCAUCUGCGAAGACGCUUACGUCGACGAUGCCAGCUAAGAGUGCUAAAGAUGCGAACAAUAGAAAAGUCGUCGAACAGAAAAACAUAGAAAUCGCAUCCGCUGAGAGUGCCGCUGCCCCGGCGAGCGCCAAAGCACCACCGAAGCAAAAGGCCGCCGAGCGUAAGCCGAUCGGCCGACGUCCCAAACCAAUUAGUCCCAUAAAAGCACGUUUGCCGAUUAGUCCAACGAAGUCUACCCGAAGUACACCGACGACUUCGGUGAAAUCGGACAAGGACGGUAUCAUCAGAAAAAUCAAAGGCGAUCGUGGAACCGCGGACUCCUCAACGGUGUCGACGCCUUCCGGUAUAGAAAUCGAUUCCAUGACCAAGUUGGCGGAUAAGUGUCUGACCGAAAAGUCCGAGGACAUGUCCCUCGAUUCUAUAGAAAGCAAAGUCCUUGCUGAUCUCAAAGAAGAACGCGAAGUCGUCGAGGAGAUCGAAGCGGUUUUGCAAAAAGCGGAAAGAAUCGAAGGGGCCAGGAGAGACGAUCACCUCGAAGGAGACGACGACAUCACCGCCGAAGCGACUGACAAGAAGGAAGACGACAUGACCGAAGACGACGUCACGGCCGAAAUUGAGGAAAUCCCGAAAAAAGAAAGCUCCCGAAAAACUAGUCACGAGCUGACGGAAGAGGACGAGUACCUGAUUAUUGAGAAGGAAGAAAUUUAUAUCGAGGAUUCGGUGCAGAGCGGUGAAGUCGAAGAAAAGCAUGCCCCCGGUGCGGCCGUGGAUGAUGAAGAAGCGAAAACCAGGCUCGAUGCCGUUCCGACCAAAGAGGAAGAGGAGGAAGAAGAGGAGGACGACGAGGGUGGCGAACAGGAAGAAGCCGAAGUUUCCGAGGAAAAAGAAAAAGCAGACAUUCCAGAAAAGCAAUUAGGCUUGGUCGAAGGAAAGCUCAAGGAAGCGGAGGAACCGGAAAAGCCCGCCAGUUCCGACCAAGUUUUGGAAGAACAGAUGAAAAAUAUAAUCGCUUCGACCGCCGAAAUGCUCCAGAAGACUGAAGACAAAGACGAUUCCGGCAAAAAAGACAGCGAAGACAUCACCAAAGAGCCAUCCAGCUUGAGUCCCGAUAAAUUCGACUCGUCGGAAAAGAAAACAACCGACACCGAUGUCAAACCAGAAACCGAUCAGAAGGAUCGUCAGGUACCUGAAAAGUUAGAAGAAUCUCACGAGAGAAUGUCGACUUUGGAAUCCGGCGCGACUACCACGGCGCCAACGUUACCCGAAGACGAGCGGAUUCCUCUCGACGAAAUAAAGGAAGUCGUAGACGAAAAGUGUCUAGCCGAUCAAGAAACUAAACCAGACGGCGAGAUCAAAGCUCCAGAACCGCUCGCAGCACAGAUUCAACCCGAGGCGAAACCGGACGCAAAAGCCUUCGAAGUUCACCCUCCGCUGCAUGGAAUCCAGCGGGAAAUUGUCAAGACCCCUGACGAGGUCGCUGAUUUACCAGUUCACGAAGAAGUCGAUCCGACCCUCUACCGUAUGGAACACUUCGAGAAGGGCAAAGAAGAAAAGCCCGUGCAACAGCCACCGGCGCCCCAGAAAGAGCUCAAAGAGCCAGAGAUCCCAGCAGCCAAAGAGCCAAAAGGUGUUUUCAGCUUCUUCGGCAAGGUCGCUGACAAGUUCGAAAAAGGAAUCGACAAGCUCACCGGCAAAUCGCGACGGGACUCGGAAAAAGACAUCGAUGAAAAGUCAUCUUCCAAAUCCGGUUCUCCCAAAGAAGUCAAGGCUCAAAGUAUCGCUUUCCCCGGUAGCGCUACGGCCGAAGAGAUCACCGCAGGCCUGACCAAAGUCGCAGAAGCAUCCGAACUGCCAGAAACUUUUGAAGAAGGUAUCCCCGACCUCACUCAGGUCAAAGUAGCAGCAAUAAAGGACACUGCUACCUUCCUCGCUGAUGAAAUUGCGGACUUGAAGAAAACUAGCCCGCCCCACAAAGAACCGAGUGACUCGAAGGGCGAAACGGCCAUGGCCGAGUUAGUUUCCGAAGCUCCACAAGCGUCAGAACCCGUGUUCGAGACGUGUCACGUGAAAGAAAAAAUAGAUAAAAUCACCGCUGAUGAACUGGAGGGCGAGGACGACGUCGAAGAAGUCGAAGCUCUACUGGCGGAAGCCUCCAAAAAAUUCAAAGACGUUAAGGACAGUCUUCACGACUCGCUCGAGUCGUUGGAAGAAAGACUGGCUGAACAGGAGCUCGCUCGAGCCGAAUUGCACGCGAUUUCCAAAGAUUUUGUUAAAGAUACUCUAUCCGAGGUUGUCGAAAAACUGGAAGACAUGAAGCCCAAAGACUUGGACGAGCUGGUAGAGAAGAAAGAGCACGACGAAGCAGAAGAGGCUCCGGGCGAGGAGGAGGAGGAGGAGGAGGAGGAUUUGGACGAAGCCGUAGUGACGAAAGAUUUGAAAGGAGCUGUGAGGGACGUGGGCGAGGUUCUCGCCGGAUCUGCCGGAAUAUUGAUCGACGACAAGCCCAAAGACGUUAUUGAAAUCGUGAAAAAAGUUGCUGAGGUUUUGAAAAAAGACGAUUUCCUCUCGCACGAUGUGCUCUUCGACCCCGAUGCUCCCGAAGCGAAAGAGGAUGAGAAAUCAUCUCCGAAGGUGAGCACGGAAGCUGCGAUAAUCCCGAAAAAAGUGGAGGCCACGGAAGAAUUGCCGUCUCAAGAGGAAAUUGCAGAGUCCCGAGGAAGCCGACGAGAGUCGAUCGUUUCUGCGCAGAAGCCCACUGCCGCCGGUGAAUCCCCUAAAGAUAGUGCUUCUAAAGCUCCAACCCCGACACCGUCUCCGACGAAAGACGCCGUCCAGGAAAAGAUGGAGGCGAUGAAAAUUUGUGCUGAAUUUUUGGACGAAGAGCCGAUUUUGCCGAGGCAGAAGAGAAGCGCGGAUGAGGAUCCGGCGAAGAAAGACGUCGUGGAAGCUGGCAUCGAAGCGGUUUGCGUUAAGCAGAAAGUAGAUAAACCCACGAGGGUCGAAAGCGAGGCGGACGAUGAAUCGAAAGAGCAGAGCAUCGUAUUCGACCGGAAAGUAUCGCCCGUUACGGCUGAAGUUGUGAUCGUCACGCCCGAUUUAUCGCCAACAUCACCAGCGCUUCCAUCAGACAAAAUUCACACGGAAGGUGCCCAGGCACAACCGGAAGUGAGCGACGUGUCCCAAUUGCUUCCUCAUGAUAUACUAAACGCUUUAAAAAGUAACGAGCCACUCGAACAACUUAUCGAACAAUUGGUUUACACGAAAAAAGUUAAAAUCACUCGAGAAAUCGUGGAAUUCAUAAUUAUCGUUCGAAAAAUCUCACGCUACGACGUCAUUCGAAUCAUCGAACGAAUUAUCCUUAAGAAAGGCAGUCCGCCUGACAGCGUCGUCACAGACCUCCGCGUAUUGACCGAUGACGUAAUUCCAACUGAGAAACGCGAAGACGUUGAAAACCACAUAAUCAAGGAAUACGUUACGAACAAUAAAAAAAUAACGAUGAAGGUCAUCGAUGAAAUUUCCAAUCAAAAGGGCAUUACGAGACGAAUCCUCGUCACAAUCAUUAUAGAAAUAAUAAUUAAAAAGAAUAUUCAACGCGAAGGUUUGCUUGAUCUUUCAGAAAAGGAACUUUCAGAGCUCGAUUUGGAUGAACCAGAGGCCGAAGAGCAGGACAAGCUUUCGGAAGCGAGCGAAAUCAGCGGCAUCGAAGAUGAGGCUCAGGAUAUUGCAUCGUCUGACAAAUACAGCGCGGUGAGGACCUUCAUCGAGAACGAAGUGAUUGCAAAAGGAAAGAAAAUCACGCCCCAACUCAUCGACGAUGUUUGCGUCGCGAAACUCGUCCCAAGACGCGUUUUCAUUGAAAUCAUUGAGAAAAUAAUGGUCGAACGGAAAAUUCCACGAUCCUCGAUGGUCGACAUAUCCGAAAAGGAAAUGUCGGAAUUGCUAGCUUCGGAGAAAGAGCACGCUAAAUUAGAAGAAGACGAAGACGGCGAUGCCGACCAAAGCGGAUCGUCGACUCCGGACAGAGGGCAAGAGAUCGCUGCGUACAUUUCCGACGAGUUCAUUGCGAAAAAGAAGAAAAUAACGCUCCAGAAUUUCAAAGAUAUCUGCUCCCGGAAUGACGUUUCCGUACAAAUGCUCUGGAACUUGAUUGACAACGUAAUUGAAAAACAGAAACUCGACAGGGCAGUCGUCAUGGACAUUUCCGAGAACGAAUUGUCGGAUUUACUGACUGUCGAAGAGGAAGAAAUGACGAGAGAAGAUGCCGCCGAAGUUAGUGCGCCCGCGUCUAACAGAGCCGAAAUCGAAAGCAGCAUCGUCGAAGAAUUCGUGUCCAAAAAUCGCAGGAUCACGCCGUACAUAUUCGAGGAUAUUUGCUUGCGAUACAAAGUUCCAAGGCGAAUUAUCAUCGAAAUAAUAGAAACAAUAAUCGUCAAAAGGAAUCUCCAGAGAAAUUCUAUCCUCGAUAUUACGGACACCGAACUCACGGAAUUACUCGACGUCGUGGAGGCCCAAGAUGAGGAGGAAGCCGAGGGCCUUGCGAAGUCUCCUGCCAAGGGGCAAGAGCCGCAGGACGAUGCCGACGAAGAUAAAUUGGUCGACGGUUUCGUCAGCAUAUCUUCAAAGGACGACGUCAAGGUCGAAGAUGUCUUGAGAAAGAAAUCUGUGACGCCCGUCGUCGGAAAAGAGUCUGAAAAAGACGUCGAUGAUUUCGAAGCUGUGGAGCAAGAAUACAAAAUCCACGGUUUGUCGCUCACACCGGACAAGGAAUUACCGUUGACCAGUCAAAUGAUCUCAGACGAGAAAAUGCUCGACGAAGUGGAGGACGUGGUUCAGGAUCACAGCAGCGACGUCGUUGAAGCCAAGGAGAAAAUUGUUGGGACCGCGUUGAAGCCAGCUUCUCCGACGAAAGCCGAGGAAAAACCGCUCGACGUGUCCGAGCAUUCGGAAGCUCUUGAUACCACUGAAAAGUAUUUGGUCGAAGCGAAGGAGAAAACGGAAUCAGCAGAGGUCUCUAAAUCGAAACCAGUUUCGCCGUCCAGUGACACGAAAUCUUCGGAAUCACCAAUUGAAAAAGACGCUCUCGGUGCUUCCGACGAAAUCUCCGUGCAAGAAUCCGCCGUCACGAGUUCUGCGCCCGGAGGCUUGGAGGGUGAAGCGAAACCCGUACAAAGCGACGUGACUUCACCAAAACCGAGCGAAGUUGCGACGUCGCCGGAGCUUCCGGAUAACGAUGCGAAGAUCGGCACCGCCGCUGUAAGGAAGCCCAGCACAGCUGGACACCAAGAAGAACAGGAAGAGACUCGUCGAUCGGAGGAAGAAAGUACAAAGGCUACAUCCCGAGCCGGAUCUCUGUCUCCCAAGGAUGAAAAGUCCUCGAAGGACGAUAGCCUCAAUGAGGAAACGCCGCUUUCGAGCAGUACGGUCCAUCGGAUGGUGGUCACAGCGAGCAGUGAGGAUGGUGGCCACGAAAUGGAAGUCUGUCCAAGCGGAAGCAUCACGUUCACGCCCGAGGAUUCGCUCAAAAGUUCACCCAUCAAAACUACUCCGGAUCAAGAUUCGUUGCGACUGGACAAAGAGUCGGUGCAUUCGGGUAUCAGCACUCCUGAGAGGGAUAGCAUUUCAGAUAAAUCUGCAACUGUCACGAAAGACGGUGAAAAAAUAACGCCCGAAGAUAGUCUCGACAAAUCGCCUUCCGUAACCCGAGGUUCUCAGGACCUCGAGGACAGUUUGGACAAGUCGGAUUUGACGAAGCUGAAAGAAACGAAAGGAGCGGAGCGUCCGAGCGAGGAGCGAGAGGAUGCAGCGGUUCGUCACGUUUCUGAGACCAUUGACGAAAAAUUGGAGGGCGAUGCGGACACGAAAGUUACGAAUUUGGUUGAAUCGACGGAUGUCUCUGAGCCAGAUAGCGAAAAAGUAACUUCGGAAAAGCCCGAUGAGGUUAAAAAGGAUUCGGGAAGCCCCGUCAGUGAAAAAUCGGUAAAAAGUCACGAAGGAUCUCCGACGAUUGAGGCAGUCGGUGCAACGGAAACCGGUGCCAGCCAGCUCGAACCAUCAAAGCUUCGCGAAGAGGAGCCUGUCGAAAAGACCGAUGUUACCGAAAAGCCUCGCAGUUUGGCUAGCGAAAUUCAAAGUGCUAUCGAACAGAAGACCGGAACUGACGUAUCGGGUGUUACGGUUGAGCCAAUCGUUCAAACGAAAUCCCCAAGUCCAAGCAAAGAGUCCGAAUCGGAUGAGAUACACGACCGGGUAAAGCGAUCGAGUGUUUUCGACUCGGAACCAACAGAACUUAAACUCGAUACAAAACACGUGGAUGAGCCAGAAUCGAAACUACCGUCAAAGGGAUCGACUCCUCCCACCGGUGAUCAACACAAGGACGGUGAAGUUCUCAGAAAAUUAUCAUCCCAUGAUAUUUCGCCAUCGGAUAUCGACAAAUCUCGGUCUCCGAGUGUUUCGAGUGACGUCAAACAUGCAGUUGAUGACCACGAAGAAGACACGAUUCCUGAGCUUCCCGAAGUGUCAAAAUCUUUAGAGAGUGCUAAGUCCGAAGAUAAAUUAGUUACUCCAGUAGAGGGUUUACACGACAAGAAACCCGAGGAUGCGGUUCAUUCAACAGCGUCUAACGGGAAAUCUGAGCCUGGUACAGAGUCACUGGAAUCAGCGAUAUCGCCAUCCGUUGAAAGCCGGAAAGCCAGUAUGGUGGACUCGAAAGUACUGACUGAUAAACAGGAUGAAAUAGUUUCAAAAGACUUGCUUGCUGAAAGUGAAGUGAGUCGAAAGGAUUCAAUAGCUGAAAAGCACGAGGAUUCAAUGACUGCUUCCAGAUCACCUAGCAUCACCACCGAAGCACACGAUGAAAGGGAAAAGAUUUCACGUUCCAGGUCACCUAGCAUUGUAGGGUCUGAGCACGAUCAAUCGGAAAAGGUUGAUUCCGUGUCUUCGAUCGUAUCUGCAGAGAAGCAAAGUGGAAUUGAGGAUACUGAGACUUCUAAGCUGUCUACUGUGGUGAGUGAGAAAUUAGACGGGAAGAGUCCUAUAUCGCCGACGAUAGCUCACGAGAAGGAAGACGAAAAAGAAUCACUGGCUGGUUCCAAAUCUCCCAGUAUUGCUGGUGAAAAAGACUUAACGGAUCGGUCGAGGUCGCCCAGUGUAGUGGCGGAGAAACAAGACGAAAAGGCAGCAAUCGAUGGCUCGAAAUCACCGAGUGUACCUAGCGAAAAGGAGGAUGAACGAGAAUCGAUCGAGCGCUCUAGAUCUCCGAGUGUAACGACGGGAAAGCAAGAUGAGAAAGAAACGAUCGAUCGCUCCAAGUCACCUAGUAUAGCCGGCGACAAGAAGGAUGAAAAAGAAUCAGUGGAUCGAUCCAAGUCACCCAGCAUAGCCAGUGAAAAAGGAGACGAAAAGGAGUCGAUCGAGCGUUCCAGAUCGGCCAGUUUAGUUCCCGAAAAGCAAGACGUAAAGGACUCGGGCGACCGGUCCAAAUCUCCUAGCGUCGUGAGUGAAAAGGAUGAGAAGGAAUCGAUCGAACGUUCGCGAUCGCCAAGUGUAGCGACGGAAAAGCCAGAUGAGAAAGGAUCAAUCGAUCGGUCCAGAUCACCGAGCAUAGCGGGGGAGAGGCUAGACGAGAAGGUGCCGAUCGAUGGCUCCAAAUCACCGAGUGUAGCCAGUGAGAAAGGAGAGGAAAAAGAAUUCACGGACCGAUCUAGGUCGCCGAGUGUAGCAGUGGAGAAGCAAGGGGAAAAAGAAACAAUCGAUCGUUCCAAAUCUCCGAGUGUAACUAGUGAAAAAGAAGAGGCAAAAGAAUCAAUGGAACGUUCGAGAUCGACUAGUUUGGCUUCCGAAAGACACGAUGAAAAGGAACCUGAAGACCGCUCAAGAUCGCCGAGUAUGGCAGCAGAAAAAGCUGAUGCGAAAGAAGCAAUCGACCGAUCCAAGUCGCCCAGCGUAGCCAGUGAAAAAGAUGAGAAAGAGCCGGUUGACCAUUCUAGAACUGCCAGUGUGGCGACGGAAAAACACGACGAAAAGGAGAGACCCGAUGGCUCAAAGUCACCGAGUAUAGCCAGUGAGACAGGAGAGACCAAAGAAUCCGUUGAUCGUUCCAGGUCGCCCAGUGUAGCACCGGAAAAACAGGAUGAGAAAGAAACAAUUGAUCGAUCCAAAUCACCAAGUUUAGCCAGCGAAAAAGAAGAUGAAAAGGCACCAAUUGAUCGCUCCAGAUCUCCGAGUGUAACGACUGAAAAACAAGAAGAGAAAGAAACAAUCGAUCGCUCCAAGUCUCCCAGUGUGGCCAGUGAAAAAGUUGAGUUGGAACAAACGAUCGAUCGCUCCAAGUCUCCCAGUGUGGCCAGUGAAAAAGCUGAGUUGGAACAACCAAUCGAUCACUCCAAAUCACCCAGUGUGGCCAGUGAAAAAGCUGAAACAGAACAAACGAUCGAUCGCUCCAAGUCUCCCAGUGUGGCCAGUGAAAAGGCUGAAACAGAACAAACGAUCGAUCGCUCCAAGUCUCCCAGUAUAGCCAGUGAAAAAGCUGAAUUGGAACAAACGAUCGAGCGCUCCAAGUCUCCCAGUGUAGCAAGUGAAAAGGCUGAAACAGAACAAACGAUCGAUCGCUCCAAGUCUCCCAGUGUGGCCAGUGAAAAAGCUGAAUUGGAACAAACGAUCGAGCGUUCCAAGUCUCCCAGUGUGGCCAGUGAAAAAGCUGAAUUGGAACAAACGAUCGAGCGCUCCAAGUCUCCCAGUGUAGCAAGUGAAAAGGCUGAAACAGAACAAACGAUCGAUCGCUCCAAGUCUCCCAGUGUGGCCAGUGAAAAAGCUGAAUUGGAACAAACGAUCGAGCGCUCCAAGUCUCCCAGUUUAGCAAGUGAAAAGGCUGAAACAGAACAAACGAUCGAUCGCUCCAAGUCUCCCAGUGUGGCCAGUGAAAAAGGUGAAAUAGAACAAACGAUCGACCGCUCCAGAUCGUCCAGUGUGGCGACUGAAAAGCAAGUUCUCAAAGAUGCAGUCGAUCAGCCCAAAUCACCGAGCGCUGCAAGUGAGAAAGAUGAAAAAGAGAUGAUGGAACGCUCCAGAUCCACAAGUUUGGUCCCUGAAAAACAAGAUGAAAAAGAGCCCAUCGAUCGCUCGAAAUCUCCCAGUGUUGCUGGUGAUAAAGAUUAUGAAAAAGAAUCGAUUGACCGUUCUAGAUCUCCCAGUGUGAUAACGGAAACACCACACGUAAAAGAAGCAACGGAUGGCUCCAAGUCACCAAGCGUAGCGAGCGAAAAAGAUGAAAAAGAAAUGAUGGACCGUUCUAGAUCAGCCACUUUGGCUCCUGAAAAACAGGAUGAUAAAAAAUCCGUCGAUGGCUCCAAGUCGCCCAGCGUCGCAAGUGAAAAAGAUGAAAAAGAAACGACGGUCCGUUCUAGAUCAGCCAGUUUGGCUCCUGAAAAACAGGAUGAUAAAAAAUCCGUCGAUGGCUCCAGGUCGCCCAGCGUGGCAAGUGAAAAAGAUGAAAAAGACUUGAUGGAACGUUCUAGAUCAGCAAGCUUAGUUCCUGAGAAACCGGAUCUCAAGGAAUCCGCGGAUGGCUCGAAAUCGCCCAGUGUAGCUGGCGAUAAAGAAGAUGAAAAGGAGUCGAUCGACCGUUCAAGAUCUCCGAGUGUAAUAACGGAAAAGCAACACGAGACGAAAACAUCGGAUCACUCGAAGUCUCCCAGUGUAGCUGGCGAUAAAGAAGAUGAAAAGGAGUCGAUUGACCGCUCGAGAUCUCCGAGUGUAGCAACCGAAAAGGAACAUGAAAAAGACAAAAUGGAUCGCUCGAAGUCACCGAGCGUGGCAAGUGAAAAAGACGAGAAAGAAUCAAUGGAACGCUCGAGAUCUGCAAGUCUAGUUCCUGAGAGAAAAGACGAAAAAGAGUCCACCGAUCGGUCUCGAUCACCCAGUGUAGUGGGGGAGAAACAAGAUGAAAAGGCUGAAACCGACCGCUCCAAGUCACCGAGUGUAGCUAGUGAAAAAGAGGAUGAACGAGUGUCGAUCGACCGCUCAAGAUCGCCGAGUGUAGCGACGGAAAAACCAGAUGAAAAAGAAGCAAUCGAACGCUCCAAGUCGCCGAGUGUAACCAGUGAGAAAAAGGAUGAGAAAGAAUCUAUCGAUCGAUCCAAGUCACCCAGCAUAGCCAGUGAAAAGGCAGAUGAAAAAGAGCCCACCGAGCGUUCAAGAUCAGCCAGCCUGGUUCCUGAAAAACAAGACGAAAAGGAUUCGAUCGACCGCUCCAAGUCACCCAGUGUAGCCGGCGAGAAAGACGAUGAAAAAGCAUCACUGGAUCGUUCCAAAUCGCCAUCGGCAGCGAUCGAAAAACAAGACGAGAAGGAUUCGAUCGACCGUUCAAGAACAGCCAGCCUGGUUCCUGAAAAACAAGAGGAAAUCCUUUCGAUCGACCGUUCCAAGUCACCUAGUGUAGCCAGCGAGAAAGACGAUGAAAAGCCAUCACUGGAUCGCUCCAGAUCACCAUCGGCAGCGAUCGAAAAACAAGAUGGCAAAGAAGCAGUCGAUCGUUCCAAGUCGCCCAGUGUAGCCAGUGACAAAGAUGAGAAAGAGUCAGUACAACGCUCUAGAUCUGCAAGCCUAGCUCCUGAAAAACCGGACGAAAAAGAAUCCACCGAUCGGUCCAGAUCACCUAGCGUACAGGGGGAGAAGCAAGAUGAGAAGGCCUCAAUUGAACGCUCGAAAUCACCAAGCGUUGCUAGUGAAAAGGACGAAGGAGAAGCGAUCGACCGCUCUAGAUCUUCGAGUGUGACGACCGGAAAGCAAGAUGAGAAAGAAACGAUCGAUCGCUCCAAGUCACCUAGUAUAGCCGGCGACAAGAAGGAUGAAAAAGAAUCAGUGGAUCGAUCCAAGUCGCCCAGCAUAGCCAGUGAAAAAGGAGACGAAAAGGAAUCGAUCGAGCGUUCCAGAUCGGCCAGUUUAGUUCCCGAAAAGCAAGACGUAAAGGACUCGGGCGACCGGUCCAAAUCUCCUAGCGUCGUGAGUGAAAAGGAUGAGAAGGAAUCGAUCGAACGUUCGCGAUCGCCAAGUGUAGCGACGGAAAAGCCAGAUGAGAAAGGAUCAAUCGAUCGGUCCAGAUCACCGAGCAUAGCGGGGGAGAGGCUAGACGAGAAGGCGCCGAUCGAUGGCUCGAAAUCACCGAGUGUAGCCAGUGAGAAAGGAGAGGAAAAAGAAUCCACGGACCGAUCUAGGUCGCCGAGUGUAGCAGUGGAGAAGCAAGGGGAAAAAGAAACAAUCGAUCGUUCCAAAUCUCCGAGUGUAACUAGUGAAAAAGAAGAGGCAAAAGAAUCAAUGGAACGUUCGAGAUCGACUAGUUUGGCUUCCGAAAGACACGAUGAAAAGGAACCUGAAGACCGCUCAAGAUCGCCGAGUAUGACAGCAGAAAAAGCUGAUGCUAAAGAAGCAAUCGACCGAUCCAAGUCGCCCAGCGUAGCCAGUGAAAAAGAUGAGAAAGAGCCGGUUGACCGUUCUAGAUCCGCCAGUGUGGCGACGGAAAAGCACGAUGAAAAGGAGAGACCCGACGGUUCAAAGUCACCGAGUAUAGCCAGUGAGAAAGGAGAGGAAAAAGAACCCAUCGACCGUUCCAGGUCGCCGAGUGUAGCAGUGGAGAAGCAAGGGGAAAAAGAACCAAUCGAUCGUUCCAAAUCCCCGAGUGUGACCAGCGAGAAAGGAGAUGAAAAAGAAACAGUCGAUCGUUCUCGAUCGGCCAGCAUAGCGACGGAGAAACAAGAUACGAAGGAAUCAAUCGAUCGCUCCAAGUCGCCCAGUAUAGCAAGUGAAAAGGAUGAAAAAGAACCGAUCGACCGCUCCAGAUCUCCCAGUGUAGCAGCGGACAAGAAAGACGAAAAAGAACCAGCCGACCGCUCCGGAUCCGUCAGUCCAGCACUCGAAAAACAAGUCGAAAUAGAACCGAUCGACCAGUCGAGGUCGCCCAGCAUAGCACCUGAAAAGCAGGACGAAAAAGGAUCCAGCGAUCGUUCAAAGUCGCCCAGUGUAGCCAGUGAAAAGGGCGAAGAAAAGGAAAUUAUCGACCGCUCCAGAUCAGCCAGCCUAGCGCUCGAGAAACCGGAUGAAUUGCAACCCAUCGCUAGCUCCAAGUCUCCAAGUUUAGCCAGUGAAAAAGGAGAAGAAAAGGAAAUUAUCGACCGUUCCAGAUCAGCCAGCCUAGCGCCCGAGAAACCAGGUGAAUUGCAACCCGCCAUCGAUACGUCCAAGUCUCCCAGUGUAGCCGGUGACGUAGCAGACGAAAAAGAAUCCGUUGGACGUUCAAGGUCGCCCAGUAUCGUUGUUGAUAAACCAGAUGGAAAAGAAGAACGACCCGCUGGAUCUAAAUCGCCAAGUACCUCCCCUGCAAAAGAAGAUACCAAGGAACCCCUUGGCCGUUCUAGAUCUUCCAGUAUAGCUGACGAUAAGCCAAGUGAAAAAGCGUCCGUCGAUCAUUCUAGAUCUCCUAGUAUAGCUGCUGAGAAGCCAGAAGAAAAACCGUUCGAUGUAUCAACGUCACCCAGUACAGGUGUUGAAAAACCAGCUGAAAAGGAAACAAUCGAUGGUUCCAAAUCACCAAGUCCUGCAAGUGACAAACAAGAAAAAACGGAAGUGACAGACCGAUCCAGGUCGCCCAGUAUAGCUGGUGAAAAACAGGAUGAAAAGGAGUCUUCCGAGCGUUCUAGAACAGCGAGUAUAGUCCCUGAACAGCCAGAAUCCAUUGAUCGAUCCAAGUCUCCCAGUAUAGCCGGUGAGAAACCAGACGAAUUGGAACUGUCCGAUCGGUUAAGAUCGCCAAGUAUAACAGGCUCGAAGCAAGAGAUAGCGGAAUCAGCGGACCGUUCCAAAUCGCCCAGCAUAGCUGGAGACAAACGGGAAGGAGAUGAGAUCCCUCGCUCCAGAUCGUCGAGUGUAGCUUCCGGAAAGCCAGACGCAAAGGAUUCGAUCGACGGCUCGAAGUCGCCGAGCAUAGCUGGUGAAAAACACGACGAAAAGGAAUCGUUCGAGCGCUCCAGGUCGACGAGUGUAGUGAGUGCGCGACUAGAGGAAAAAGAAUCGAUCGAUCAUUCCCGAUCAGCUAGCAUAGCUGGAGAAAAACAGGAAGAAAUAGAGUCGAUUGGUCGCUCAAGAUCGGCGAGCGUGGCCGUAGGAAAACCGGAUGACAAGGAAGCGAUUGCUCGCUCCAGGUCAGCCAGCAUAGCCUUCGGACACGAGGAGCAAGAAUUGACGGAUCGCUCAAGAUCGGGCAGUAUAGCUGGGGAAAAGAAGAUACUUGAUCGUUCCAGAUCGAGCAGCGUAGUCGUCGAAAAGCAAGAAGAAGAGGAAUUGCUCGAUCGCUCGAGAUCGGGAAGCGUUGCCGUGGAAACGAAGGAUGAAAAGGAGUCCGAAGCCAAAGAAUCGAUCACUGAAGGAAGCAUCACCGGUGAGAAGACCAGCGAAAAAACGUCAGCAGAUGCUUCGAGGUCAGCGAGCCUCAGUCCUCAAGAACAAAUCGGUACAGAGCCGGCGGACCGUUCCAGGUCAUCGAGCACCGUUGGAGUCGCGCCCAAAGAAACCGAGUCGACGGUCCACUCGAGAUCACCGAGUAUUGCCGAUGGGAAAAAAGAUGCUGAGCAGCUGAUCGAGCACUCCAGGUCGCCCAGCCUUGUUUCUACCAUUCUGGAUAAAGUUGACUCGAUACUUCGUCCCGAAUCACUGGCCGCUGUUGAUGGUAAACAGGGAGAAAAGGACUCGCCCGCAUCAUCCAAAACAGUCGACUCUGAAGAGCCAACCGAGCUGGUCGGUGGUGAAAAGUCUCCGAAAGAUGCUGCCGAGGCAGUAUCUCCAUCGCCGAGUGUCACCAGUGAACAGCAGGACACGAACGAGUCAGUGUAUGGCUCCAGAUCACCAAGCAUUGCCAGUCGCAAGCUUAGUUCGUCGCACGUAAUUACGAACGAGAAGAUUGACAAAGCCGACGAACCAAUCGAUCUCUCAUCAGCAUCCCUCGAAGGCAAAAUGAACGGCGUGGAUGCCUGCAAGCGCCCGAGCAUCGUCGACGAUAAAUGCCUCGACAGCCGGAAAGAAUCCGUAGCCAGCAUCGUGACAGCUCAGGAUAGCAAACUCGACGCGAGCGAUGCGGUCCAGGCGAUGCAGAAACUAGCAGAAACUAUCGCUGACAAGUCACUGGCGACAUGCGACAUAAAAGACGUCGAAACGCCACGUGACGAUGGAACACGAUCUCACAGCUUAUCCGAAGCCGGUGAAAAAUCACCGAAAAGUCGUUCACCGACGGCGAGCUUAAUUGACGACGAAGUACCUGGGGUUUUGAAACCAAGUGACCAAGCAACGAUCGCGAAAGAAGAUGCCUCGAGAAAGUCUAGUAUCGCCGACAUCUCCCUCGACAAAUUAGAUCCGUUGCCAAGUGAUUCUAAAAAGUUUUGUACCACCGAAUUAGAGGGUGCACAAAAACGAGGCAGUGUGGAAAUUCCUAAAGACAUUGCUGGACGAUUCGCAGAAGAUUACCACACUACAUCCGACAAAAUAAACGAGAUCAAAACUUACAUCGUUAAUAAAUAUAUUGAUAAAAAGGAACGGAUUAGUCCUCAGACAGUAGAAGAUAUUGUAUCCCUCUAUUCGAUAUCGAGACAUAUUAUCUUGGAGCUCAUCGAAGCUAUUAUUAUAGAAAAGAAUGUGCCUAGGGACGUUAUUGUGAGUUUCCCUAAAAACGAUGAAACUGAAGUUUCUCCUAUUGUGUUUGAAGACGAUCAUGUCGACGUGAUCGAUAUACCCACGGCGAAGCAACAAGAAAUCGAAAAUCGUAUUUACCAAGAAUUUGUUACGAAAAGAAGUAAAAUUACUUCACUAGUUAUCAAUGAAUUAGCAGCUGUGACCUUCAUUUCGAGACACAUUAUUAUAAUGAUUAUCCAGAAAAUGGUUCGUGACGAAAAGGGCCUGACGCCGGACAUGCUUGAAGAUGGAAUCCUCGACGAGUCCACGACCGAAUACGUACAAUCAGAAGCCGCGCGUGAGCAGGGUCACGAGUCGAGCGCGCCUCGUGACGAACGAAUCGAGAGCGAUCUUCGAUCCGAAAGUACCGACGUUUUGUCCCACUCGGAAGCGAUCGUCGAGGAUCAAGCUAAGAUUCCUGACUCAAAGUGGAUGGAGGUCGAGACUUAUGUUAUGGAGGAAUGCGUUAAGAAGAGAAUUAAGAUAAACUUAUUAGUUUUCGAACAGAUUAUUAUGAGGACGGGUGUUCCGAGGUCUGUGUUGUUGAGUGUUAUUGAUAAAAUAAUUCUAAGUGGAAAAAUACCGCGUACCGAAAUGCUCGACGAUGCUAUUUACGACGAAGUUGAGACAGUUUCAGACAGAGGGUCCGCGAGCGAGGAAAAGGCUUUCAGAGAAGCGACGAUCAGCAAGGAUCGGGUGACCGAGCUCUCCGGAAAGUCAACUCCGGACCCAAGGUCCUCCGGUUAUUCGACUCCUGAGGUCCGGCACUACGACGAUAAAUUCGGUAAAAGUAUGGCGUACUCGCACGACUAUGAAAGCCCCUUCCACAAGGCGUUCGUGGGCGGUAUGACGGAGAUUAGAACGACCCACAUAACAACGCUCUCAGGAAAGUCGACUCCGGACUACACCGCACGGGGCGAAACACCAGAAGAAUCCUUGUCGGAGAGCAUCAGCCAAGCGAAGUUCGACGAGAAGUUCGAGGGCGUCGAAUCCUCUGAAAAAUCCACUUCGGCGGUUCUCACGACGGAGGCGGCUGCAACGACGUUCACGACGACGGUGCACACGGUUACGGAACCGAUAAAAACUUCUCAUUUGAAAGAUGAUAUGGUCACACGGGAAACAGCCUCUGUCGAAGGUGAAGCAGCGAAGAAAGAUGCGGCUGCGUCUAAAGGGGAUCGUAGCGCCGGAUCCGACGAGGGCGAACCUGAGGUAGUGAAAAAAAUCAUAACGAGAGAAAUCAUCGAAGAAACAGGACCAGUGACUGAGAUAACGAUACAUAAGAGAGAGAUUGUAGAAGAGCUGCCGGAAGCAGGCAUAAAAACGAUCGAAUCCUCGUCAACCGAUCACGAUGGUGACGGUGGCGAGGUGCACAAAAUUUCACGGAUCGUUCGUGAGACUUCUUCACCCGAGACGAUCGAAAUUGUGACGGUUAAAACGAUCGAAACUAUCGUCACUGACGACACGUCGCCGGAAACGAUAAAGUCGAAAUUGGGCUCUCUCGAUGGCACGCAAGAUCUUUCGGUCACAGAACACACGGUGGGCGAUGUCAAAACUGUAACGACCACUGUGACGAUGACCAGCGAGCCUCAGACUGUGGAAGAAAUCGUUGAAAAGUCUGGAUCUAAAUCAGUGGAGAAAAUUGAAGACGAGUCGCACACGACUACGCAGAUCAUCAGCAAGGUCACGUACUCGGCGCCACUGGACAGCCAACAAACCGAAAAACUCAUACAAGAUCUCAAGGAGGCUGCAACGUCGUCGCCGACCACGACGACAUCAUCGGUCAGUCAAUCCAGGACCGUCGAAGAUUCGUCCGAACGCGUGGAAAAAUCCAAGUCCGUGAGCCAGACGAUCUCCGAAAGAAUAGGAAUCGAGAAACUGGACCAUCCCGUGUCACCGGUUAUCAAAGAUCUCAUCUCGGGCCAGAGAAGCUUCACAGGGCGAACCUCGCCCGACGUCGCUCCAGCCAAAGAGGCUCAGCAAGGUGGUUCGACCUUGCCCUCAGCUCCGGAUGUACCCGGCUCGCCUUUCUCCAGAGACAGCGGUUUGGCACAUGCCCAGUUGUCCGGAAGGUCGACCCCGGACAAACGGGGGGCCAGUCGGUCCCGUACCGCGACACCUGAAGGCAUGCGCUCGAAUGAAGUUAUCAGAACGACCAUCACGACCACCCGGACGAUGUCCGAUGAAGGUGACAUUAUAACAACCACCAUGGAGAUCACCGAAACGACUAAUGAGAAAGGAGAAACUAUCAUAUUGGCGGAAAAAACUGACGUCAAAGUCGAAGACAGAAUAAUUCCUGGCGACAUGAGCAAGAGCACGCUUGCCAGCGGCUUCGAAGCCCUGAAGGCUCCGGUCGACUCAACCGGCGAGGCAGACGUCGAUCAAGUCAGUCCUCGAAGCGAUCACAGCAGCGUGCAGAGCAGAGCAGGUACUCACAUCUGGGGCAGCAGCGAAGAACGAUACACUUAUUCGGAUGACGACGUACCCGGGUCGCCGCUCUCGACUACUUCUCAAGUCGGUUAUUCUCCUCAGUCGACCUAUGCGUUGGACGAUCACACCUUCGACAAGGAUCCCUCGCGAAAGAGCAUGGAAUUCUCCGUGGCAGAUAUGAGCGCCAGUUUCUACGGCGAGUUGCCGGAUUUACCUCCUAGAGUUACAACAAUCAAAACCACCCACCUGGACGGCAGCGGUACCGAGGCUGGAGGAACUUCCGAACCAAUUGAAAGUGACUUUUCUUUCAAGAAGUUUACAGUUGCGAAGGAAUUCGCUGGCGUUUCCCGAGAUGCGAAAUCAGAAGGUAAGAAGUACAUCGAUGACGCUGAUCUUGAUUUCGAGAAGGCCUUGACAGAGCACAAGGAAUCAAAGUCGGAGAAGGAAAUCAGCGGCGUCGUUGGAUCGAGCUCUUCGCAUGGAAGCUCGUCACAGCCACAGAGCGGAGACAAAAAACCAGAGCCCAAGUCUGAUUCGAAGAAAGAUCCCUUGGCCGGAUGGGAUUCUCCUCUGGGACUGCCGUCACCCAAACCACCGAGGAAGUUCAAUUUGAGAACAGUCGCGAGACCUACGAACAACGUUGUCGAUGAAUCGCCGGAUUCUAUCAACUUCGAUCCCAUUAACGACUGGGGUGAACCACUCCGAUUACCCUCCCCCGCGCCAGUCGUCGACGAAGGCUCCAACAAAGGAGCGCCCUCCACUCCCAAAAAAGAACGCAAGCAGCCGAAGAAAAUUCUUUCCGAAAAUAUUAAAAAUAGAAAACGCUCCGAGAGCCCCGCGAAAAACGAGAAGAAAGCGAAAGACGCGAAAGCCAAAAUCCAACCGGUUUACAUGGACCUCACGUAUGUUCCUCAUCAUGGUAACUCCUAUUAUACAUCGGUCGAAUUUUUCAAAAGAGUUCGAGCAAGAUACUACGUCUUUAGCGGCACGGAACCCAGUCGGGAGGUCUACGAUGCGCUCCUCGACGCUAAAAAGACGUGGGAAGAUAAGGACCUAGAAGUAACUAUGAUACCAACUUAUGAUACCGAUACACUGGGAUAUUGGGUAGCCGAUAACGAGGAAGCCCUCGCCGCGAACCAUAUCGACCUUUCACCGUCAGCGUCACGUUGCACCAUCAACCUACAAGAUCAUGAAACCAGUUGUAGCGCUUAUCGGCUCGAGUUCUAGGAACCGGCAGCUUGUUCAGCGGUCAUCGUCGAGUUCUGAGCUCCGUCCGGAACAAGACCAACAAUCACUCGACCUCGAUCAACCACCGGUAGAUCAAGCGACUCAGUCAUAACAAAAAUGUCUUUGAGGGUGAUUUCUCAAAGUACUCGUUUAUUCAUUAUCUCACAACAAUUGCGUUACAAUGAAAGCGAUGAAAAGACACGGAAAACAGCGUAGCGUUCUAAUUUCGCUUAAUUAAUCUACUAUCGUGACCGGCAGGGUGGCGAGUCACGAAAUACUUUGUGACUGUUGGACAGUCAUCGUUGAAUCAACAGUCAAAUCCAACAUCCUAAAAGUAACAAAAUAUUUAUUUGGCCUAAGUCAGAAGAAUGUCGUUGAUGCAUUAGAAAUAAUGAACAACGAUGCAAUAUCGAGUCAGGAUUAGUGUCAUACUUUAUUGGAUGAAAAAAAAAUAAUUCAUUACAUUUGCAUUCACCUAACAAUCCAAUCAAAAAUGUGAUAGCCAAGUCUUAGUGCACUAACCGUGCCGAAACAUCAAAAAUACUCAAACAAUAUUUCUAAUCGAAGUUACGUCUGUGAAAUAUCUAUUCGGUUGAGAACUGAAAAAUCGUCGUAACGAAAAAUGUGAAAGUUUUUGUUGUUGCGAAGACGUAACGCGAUUAGUAAAGGCAUAUUUUCCGUCAAUUUCAACGUUUAUCACCAUCGUUAAGUGUUGCGAAAUACGCAUUAAAGCAUUGGCUCUGGAAUGCCAUUAACCGCUCCGUAAAGUAAUUUGCUUGUGCAUUUAUUACCGAAUCUGCAUCGUACUUUGACCAAAAGAGCUAAAGAAAAAUGCUUGAAGAGUCAUGAGCGAGUGAGCGACGGAUCCAGGCUGCUUUUUUAAAAAAAAAAUUUUUUUAUUUCGUCGAGUAACGGUCAGGGUCGUGCCAGUUAUGAAACAUCCAUCCACUAGUUCGGUUUUACAAAAUUUUAUUAAAUUAAAUGCCACCAAUUCUACUGUCAGCUUCCGAGCCUGAAUACGUUUGAAACGCUUGGUAACAGCAACUGUUACGCUGACUGAUGAAUCCAUCAACAACAACCAUCCCGUCCGUCGAAUCUGCUCCUAUUGGAUUAAUUAUAACCGAAUGACACGCUUAGACCAUAGACGAGAAUGUACAAUCCAAGAGUCAUUGAACUUUUCUACUUAUCCUUCGGUAGGUCAUAUCGACGAUGAGCUUUUAAAAGAGGAGAAAGAACACUUAAAGGCAUUGCGGUAUGAUCGAAAUAAGGUGAAACGUUGCAAUAUUAAGGGAGAAGAAAGAGCGGUUGGAUGUGAACGAAACUACGAGGGCGAUGAUGAUGAUGAUAAUUAUAAUGAUUGAAUUAUAGUUUCAUGAUUUUAUAGCAUCAAUCCACGUGCAUCGAAUGAAGAUGUUAUUGAUCAUCGAUUAUUUAGGAUAUCGUGACGAGAUUGAUUUGCCUGGAAACUAAAUUCUUCACUGAAGAUCAUCAACAUCAGCCAUUUCAAUGAAAUUAUUGUUUCAUUCAGUGUGGUAAAAGGAAGAACGCUUGAUUUAUCAUAACCUGUGAUGGUUGAAAGAUAAUGCUUUGUCCAAAACUUUAUUUAAUAGGAAUUUUCAAAGUUUAUUUUUUAUAUUGGGCAGCUUUAUCUUAAAUGGUAGCUGAGAACCAAUGAUAGCUUGAUAUGAUCCUAGUGCCUAUUCCCCAUUUGUUGAAUCAUGGGCGACUUCAAACUGAUUUAUUCAUUUGUUAUCGUGAUUAAUCUUCUUUCGAAUGUUAUCGUAAUUGAAAGUUGAUGAUAAAGUCCUCAUUUUAUUUCCUUCUGAGGCAUGAGCCCGAGUGUUUAAGUACGAAAAUAUUUAUACAAUAUUUCAAAGGAGCUUAUGAAUUCUCGAGUGAUGAUUAUCAAAAACGAAAGAAGAUGAUUCGCAAUGGAGUUUUAAACGAGUAUUUGAUAUAAUAAAUGAUAACAAGAGAGACGGAUUAAUGCGUGAAUGGCGAAUAAUAUUUACCCCCCCCCCCCCCCCCCCCAGAGUGCUAAAACACGCUCAAAACAAAAGAUGAAAGUCUUAAAAGAGAUGAAAUCAUUGUAAUUGGAGAUGCGCGAAACGAAACGAGUGCGAGGAUAUUUGAUUAUUGGAGUCUUCUAAAAAUAUCAUCAUCCUACAUCGUCCUCCUCGAUUAUAUAGAUUAUUGCUUUUUAUAUCGUACAUACCGACGGACGUGAGAGAAAAAAAAACAGAAAGAAGAAGGAAACGCGAUGAGCAAGGUCGUUUUAAAAUGUACUUCAGAAUUUGUGUAUUCUUUAAUGAAAAUGAAUUAACGAUGACGACCAGCUAUCUAGGUAGGGUGUUGAAAUUAAAAAGGGAUGAAAAAAAAAAAAACGAAAACAAAAAACAAAAUAAAACAGAAAAUAAAUCAUUAAAAAAAGGAAUAUCUCCAAAAAAGCAGAGUUAUAUAUACUGAUGAACGUAACGACGAAAAUAUAAAAUUAGGUGCGAGCUUUCACUGAAUACAUUAAAUAGGGUGGCUGCGAUCAAAUAAACGCGACAGAGAUGAUACGCGAAAAUUACACAUGUACGAGCUCCAGGAUUGAAGAGCGCCUCAGGGGUGAUAGCUGUUGAAUUUUAUUAUUGUGUUUUUUUUUUAUCGCCUCACCCAGAGCACGAUAUUCAUUGUCAUUUCAUCGUUCAAUGUAUUUAUCGAGUUGGCUUAUUUCUAUGUCAUCUCAUAGAGCAGCACCAACGCCUCAUUAUUUACGAAAAAUCACAUUUAAUUCAUGCGUUUUAAAUUACGAUAUUAUCAUUAUUUUAAAGUUGUAAAUGCACGCCUAAGGUCGAAGGAUCUUGAAAAUAUUUCAUAAUAAAUGAAUCUAGUCAUCCGGAUGAUUUAUUAUAUUACAUUUUUUUUUUAUAUAUAAGGAGCCAUGUAGUGGGGCUGCAGGUAUCACCUCCUCGAGGUGCGGAUGCGUGGACACCUCUCCACGAUCCCAGAUUUAACGAAAUAACUAAAUCUCAUUGUGGAGUGUUCGUGGUGCUAUGGUUAUUAUUAUAGAAUAAAAAUGUUACGAUAUAUAUAUAUAAUAAAAAUGAUAAUAUAAUAAAUAUGCAAUACACUACCUUUGAUUGCAGUUCUCGCUUGAAGGAUAACGCAAUGCUUUUAUUCUCUAUUGUAUUGGUGUGUUUAAAGAGAAAAAAAAAAACGAAAGAAAAAAAAACGAAACUUUAGUUAUAUUCGUUAUUUGUGACAUAUAAAACGCUGGACAUUACCGCAUUCUGACAACAAAACAAUUAAUUAUUUAUAGAUGAAAUAAGAAACCUUGAUGGGAAAACUGGAA